AUGCCUGGAACGCAGAAGCGCCAAAGUGCCGGCGCUGCUACCUCGCCGUUGCAGCAUGCGAGAGAAGCCUCUGCACUCACCGCCUCCCGCUUUUGCUACUUCUGUAUCCCUGGUAUAGACAAGAGUGUAGAAAAAUAUCAACUUGCGCUCAAGUCCCUUGUCCCCGCCCGCUAUACCUCGGGGUUCGACAAGGCCCCCCCUCGUUCAUAG